GACCUUAGAAAAACAAGUUUGCGCAAAGUGGAGCGAGGGGCCCGGGCUCUGGGCAGCCCCGGCGGCUCUUCCACCGUCUCGCAGCCCUCGCCGGCCCGGCGGCGCAGCCGCGGCCCAUGGAGCCCGCCCGCCCGGCCCCGGGCCGCCUCAGGCCGCUGCUCUGCCUGCUGCUCGCUGCGUCCAGCGCCUGGUCAGGUGUGGCAGGUGAGAAUGAGCUGCAGGUGAUUCAGCCUGAGAGGUCAGUUUCAGUUGCAGCAGGAGAGACGGCCACUCUGCACUGCGACGUGACCUCCCUGCUCCCUGUGGGGCCCCUCAAGUGGUUCAGGGGCACAGGGCCAGGCCGGAAGUUAAUCUACAGUCUCAGAGGAGGCCCCUUCCCUCGAGUAACAACUGUUGGAGAUACUACAAGGAGAAACAACACAGACUUUUCCAUCCGCAUCAGUAACAUCACGCCAGCAGACACCGGUAUGUACUACUGUGUGAAGUUCAAGAAAGCAAGCCCUGACGUGGAGGUUAAGUCUGGACCAGGCACUCAUCUCACUGUGAGUGCCAAGGGCUCCACGUCUUCUACAAGGUUGCAUGAGCCCGAGAAGAACACUAGAGAAACAACCCAGAUCCAGGACAACAACGACAUCACAUAUGCAGACCUGAACCUGCCCAAGGGGAAGAAGUCCACCCCCAAGGCCGACGAACCCAACAACCACACGGAGUAUGCCAGCAUUCAGGCCCGCCCACCACCUGUGUCCGAGGACACCCUCACCUACGCCGACCUGGACAUGGUCCACCUCAGCCGGAACCCCAAGCAGCCAGCUCCCAAGCCUGAGCCAUCCUACUCAGAGUAUGCCAGUGUCCAGGUCCAGAGGAAGUGAACAGGGCCGUGGUCAUCUCUAGGGUCUGUCCCCAUGAGCCUUCCUGUCCCAUUGCGGGCAGCCUUGAUGAGGACAGCAAGCCCAGGCCCUGGAGGGCCAGGGUGGGACAGGACCCAACAGUGAGGGUAGCUCUUGUCUCCCCAGCCCAGCUGGCUCUCCAGCAUUUCCACGGGAGCCAUGGCCCCUCUAUGUGGCCACACAUGGAGGCUAGUGUUGCCAGACUAGGCAGGGAACCGACCUGGGAACUGGCCAGAGCCAUCAGGGGUGCAAGAACUCUCACGCCUCUGUCCAUCAACUGUGGGUCUUUGUCAUGGUCUUGGAGACCACUGACUGCCUCCUUGACACUCUGCAGCCCGAUCUUCCAGAGUGAGGAGGGAGAAAACCCACCUCCUCCUCCCAGCACCACCCGCCUGGGCUUUGGGGAACGUUUUCCCUUUAGAUCGAACUGCCCAUCCACGGAGAAGCUGGGCGCGCAUCCCGAGACUUGGUGCCGUGGCUGCCAGCAGUCCUGGUCUCCCCUCCCUGCCCUGACCAGCCACAAGCCCUGGGGAGGAGAGGACCGUCUGAGGAAGUCCUCCGCCACCAAGGACUGAGACAACGCCCCUCACGGCCCUCGAGACCUGGAGGGCCUCCGACGGUGAAACUCCACGUGGCCCCACCUCUCCCUUCCAUACCUGAGCUCGCUUCCUUCAGCAAGCACUAACUCACAACCUCUUGCUGUGGACGCCUGUAAAUUAUUGAGAAAUGUGAAAUGUGCAAUCUUGAAACUGAGGUGUUAGAAAAUUUGAUCUGUGGUGUUUUGUUCUGUAUUUUUCUUAAAACAACAGCAGUGUUAUCCUGGCUCUUUGUCAUGUGUUGAAGUGUGUGGUUGGGUCUUGUGCAGUCUAAGGUUGAACGGUCGGUUGUCCUGGAGGGAUUCUCUUACAGCGGAAACUUGAGUUCCUCCCAGUCCCAGCGGCUUGAGGGUGGGGCAGAAGGUUCCAGGUGGGCUGCUCCAUGGAGACACUUAGCCCUCUCUCCACGAGGCUGGUACUUCUGCCUUCCGAGCCCCCAGUGUGCUAAGUCUGAACCUGCCCUUGCUUCUCCAGGCUGCCUCCUUCUCCGUGUGGCCAAGACCCAACGCCUCAGUCUGCUCACCUGUGAAGAGGGGAGAGGAAAGAUGCCAUCCCUCCCCUCCAUCGCUCACAAGCACUUUAGGGCCAUGCGGGGUAGGAAGCUGUGCCUGGAUGUUUUCCCCAUUCCAGCUCUCUGAGCUCAUCUCUGAAGGUGGAAUCUUCCAUUUCUGCUCCCAAACCCUGUCGAGAUCAAACUGGAAUAAAUCAAAGACAGCCAGGAGGACUGGGCAGCUGUGAAGCCAGGAAUGACCCACCUUCUGUCACUCUGUCUCAAGAGGUUGGGCAGAGGCCGUGACCCUGUUAUCCUCGGACCCCGCACCCCUCCAAUUCAGUGUGGGGGCCUGGCUGGACCCAGUGCAAGCAGGUGUUGCAAGCCCUGUUUAUUCGGUCUUCACGUGUAACUGAUCAGCUCUCAGAGCUGAGAUGCGAAUCUUCACUGCCCCCUGGGUCCAGCCAUUUGAUGCCCGAGGGAUUCCUGGCUCAGGCUGUCAGAGGCAGAAGCUGAGCCAUCCUGCCCAUCAGCAGGUCCUCCAGGUGGAACUCGGGGAGCCGAGUGCAGACCCAGCUCUCUGGGGGAUAGUGAUCUGUUUUACAUGAUGGCAUGCAGGAACUGGCUGAGCCAACAGGCCAUGUGGGCAGCCCUGGCCCCACAAGCCAGAGUUUCUCUGUGGCAUCUAGGAGCACAGUGGCCCAGCCACCUGGCUCAAGCUAUUUCCAGAUUCCAAAAGCUUGGCUUGUAAACCUUGAUCUCCCUCUCUUCUGCCCAGAGAGAGCACACGCAUGUGAGCACACACACACACACACAGAAUUUUUAAAAAAUGUUUUCUUGGUGCCAUUUUAAUUUUAUUUUAUUUUGAAUUUUGGAAGGGGAGUAAGGAAUGAGGCCAAGAAAGUCACGUAGUUUAGCUUCAGCCCGGAAGCCUGGAGAUUCCCAUACCUUGUAAACCGAACCCCAGGAAAAGGAAGCAGUCGAAACAACAGUAUGGAAGGAGCAUGGUUUCUGGAGUUUAUUUUCAAACUGCGGGGAAGGAAACAGGCCCUAUUUUGUAUAUAGUUGCAACUUAAACUUUUUGGCUUGCAAAAUAUUUUUGUAAUAAAGAUUUCUGGGUAACAAC